UACAUGUACCAAUAUUCCUAUUUUAAUGUUUAGAUUUUAUUAACCUAUUUUUAUUAGUCUCGUAAAAUGAUUGGAAAUGUAAGGAUUUCAAAUCAUAUCUAAAAAUGCAGUUUCACGUCUUAUUGUUGUUCAGUGGAUUAUUUUAUUCCUGUUCCGGUUACAAUAUAAGUCAAUUAUUUCUUGCAAAGAACGUAACAGGGAAUAACUGCGUCAAAAAACUACCACAUGUAUUUUUACCGGUCGUCAUAAAAGUCUAUCGGUGGCCAUCCAUUCAACUUAAAAAUGAAACCAAACCUCAAGCUAUGAGUUAUGGUCGACGGGGACAGCUCGCGGAGGCGAGGGGGGGCGCGGGCGCAGCUCGGCACGGCCUGCGACAAGCCGCAAUCAGUGCCCUACGCAACGCUGGUGUUAUGAAACAAUUCUUCAAUCGCUUUCAGUAGCAGAAAACAAAGCCAACUUACGACACAGAAAUCAAACACUACUUCAAAAAUAUGACCAUUCAAUUAAUUUUCAUCGGCGUGACGCUCGGAGUGGCGUUGAACGUCGCUGGCGGCUCGGUGGUCGGGCUAACCUACAUGGAUGACUUCGACUUCGAGCAGCGGUACCGUCGCGUGCAGGACUGCGACCCCUUUUACUGGCACCCCCUCCACCUGCCCGAAGACUGCGCGGACAUGUACGAGAAACUUAUCCGUAAUAGGCUCCCUGUGCGCUUCCCCAAACGAAUCGAUCACCUAGUAGAUGACGAAAACGUCCCUCGCGAGUUAACGCCUUAUGAAGAAAUGUUAGAAUCCGUUCAGAAGGAUGUCAAUAACUUCCCUAGUGUUCCAUCAGUGAGGGACAUGCCUAACUUUGGUCCAGUAGCUGUGUAUCAACAGCCGGUGUCACAGAUCAGCGCGGAUAUGAUUAAAAAGGUUGCAAUGACUUAUAUUCAUUCAUCCGAUGACAAGGAUGAUAAAAGAAAACGCAACCGUAGCGGAAAAAGUGGAAGUAAGUGGAAGGAGCUUGUAAGCCAAGUCCGCCGGCAUGAACGAAAAGGCUGGAAGAAAAUACACAAUGGAGAUAUUGUUAGCCUUACGAAUCCGAAACCUCAGUAAUAAUUAACAUAACAGAUUAACCUAAAUGCACUAAAGCAUGUGUGUAUAUGU